AUGGCAGAUGGUGUAGCAAAACAGGUCAAAUAUACCUGGGAUGCCCCUUUUUGUGGCACCACUGGACAUGUGCCCAUGAUUGGUUUACUUCGUAAGAUGUGGAUUCCUCAAGAUCAUGCAACUGCGGCACAAACCAUCAGUCCUGGCCAGAAAAAGCUGGGCCACCUGGCCUUUCGACUGAACACUGACACCUGGUUUUUGGUUUUGAAACGGCAUGCCAAGACCCAUGCCUGGCGUGUCCGACAGCUUAGAUUUCAGGAAGUCAUUGACAGUGCAACAGUGGCAGACCUGAUGCAUGCGCUGACGCAUAUUCCGGCAGUCAAAGCGGUUGCACGACCGUGCGGAUGCAAGGCUGCUCCCCUGCUUUGGAACAUUUACGUUCUGCUGUUUUUGCAAGCUCUCAGCCAACGAGUUGACUGCCAGUGGAUUCAGAGAUGCAUCAAUUUCUAUGCGGAUGAUGGUCAGAUGGGCGAUGUUUUCUUUUCCGUCACUGAAUUUCAUGACCUUUUAUCCAAAUUGUACACCACUCUGGAACUGCUGCAAGACUUUGGCAUGACUAUCAAUUCGAGCAAGUGCGUUGCGUUGGUGGCAAUGACUGGCACCUCCUACCGAAAAUUGCGCCAAACACUCACUGCUUUUCGAGAUGGAAAAGAAUGGUUGAAGCUUGAAACUGCUGAUCGUCCGAUCAUUUGGAUACCAGUUGAGAGAAAGGUCAAAUACCUUGGCACGGUGUUGUCCUACAACAAUUUUGAGGAUCAAACCACAAUGCACCGCAUUCAAUUGUCCCAGCUUGCGUUCCAUCGCCUUAGCCGCUGGCUUAAAGGCAAACGAGGCUUGUCCCAAAACCAGAGACUCCAAUUAUGGACCACUUGCGUAUAUCCUGUCUUAACCUACAGCAUUUGCACAGUUGGCAUCACAGCACAUGGCACCCAGAAAUUACAGCAAACCAUGUAUAGCAUGCUCAGGCAGAUCAUUGGGAACCAUGCAUAUCGUACUGGACAGAGCCACCAGACAGCGCUCACUGGACAAGGGGUUGUUUUGCCACUCACCCGGCUUGGACAGACUGUCGAACGCCAGUUGCUGUCGGUCACUCAACGACUGAUGCAAGUUCCUGACAUUGAUAUUGUUCACACUCUGGACUGGAGUCACUUGCACCAUUUACGAGAGUUUCUGGCAGUCCAGAACAACACAGGCCAAGCUGUCCCAGUGCACCCUGACCCAGAGCACGACCUGCCGCCAGUCUUGCAACCAGGACCACCAGGGUGUUGGACCAACACUGCACCACCUCUGCAGGUGGACCCACCACAGGACUUGAAUCAGCACAUCAAGGUCCUGCACCCGACGUUUUGGCCACACACCUCGGCUAAGGGAAAGCAGCUCACAAACCAAUACGGAGAGGACACACCAUGUCCUUACUGCCAUGCUUUGUUCCGCAACACACAUCAGUGCAGGGUCUGGACACAACUAGCCCUCCUAUUGGUGCACGGUGGAGGCCAAGUGACGGACACUGCUGCAGCUGCCAGGUCUAUCUUGACUUGCGACAUUUGUGGGACCCUCCAUGAGACCACAGAGGGCCUACAUGCUCACCUUGCCCAAGACCAUCGACUGGCCAGCACUGGGUUCAACCCAGCCAGGGACUGUCUGGAUGGACAGUCCGCAUGCAACCACUGCGGUGCUGUCUUUGAGCACCUUGAGUCCUUGCGGUCACAUAUAAACCAAGGCAGAUGUGGACAAUUUGCCCCAGAUCUACCAACAGAAGUCUUGACAGUGCAACCAGCUUGGGAGCUAGCAACAAGUGCUGGCAAACUGGUGGACACGUUGCGUGACAGCCAUACACGUUUACAGCUGACUUUACAAUGCCAGAACUGCAGUUGCCGGUACUCACGACCGGCUGAUUUGUCAGGCCACUUGGUUGCAGCCCACUCGCAGUUGUGGUCGGCGUCCCAGGGUUUGACACACAUUUUAGUCUCCCUGCUGUACAAUCAGGUGGGUUGCACCUGCAACCCCAGCACCAGUCAACAUCGAGCCAACCAUGUAUGCAAUCCUCUACGCCAGUUAGCUAUGCAGCACAUGAGACUGCGGGAUGUGAUUUUCUUUCCACAUGAUCCCACUGAAGCUGAGCUGGCCCAGAUGUUUUCUGCAAAACUGGAUAGAGACUCACGAUUUCGACUGGAACGACUGUUGACCACCAGACUGUUGCAUGAACUCUGGCUGGACGAUCACAUCCUUGCCAUCACGAGGUCCACUUGCCUCCUCUGCGCUGAAGUAUUCCAUGUGGCAGAGCUGCCCCUUCACAUGUAUGAGGCACACCACUGUGGUAUCCCGUUGGUGAAAUUUCUGGUGCAACAAUUGCUGCCCAAGUUUCUGAACCAUUGUGACAAUGAUGUGCAAUGCUAUGCCUGUCAUCAAGUGAUCAAUUUGCGCAGAGAAGACACUCAUGACCCAACCAUGCUGACAGAUGCACAACGAUCUGCUUUGGUCCAAGCCCAUUUCAAGGCGAUGGGGCCCAUGUUGGAUCGGACACUCCAAUUGUCCCAGAAUGCUCAUCCCAAGCGCCAAAGAAAAGGCGACUCCAACCAAGACGAGCACCAAAAGCACGGAGCAUCAGACAAAAUCCAACUGGCACAGGCGGUGACGCUCAUGGCCAAAUUGGCUCUCCAAAUGGACAGGGAGCUGCAGGCGAUGAAGAGAGAGGACACCUUCAUUCUCUUUUUCGCCAACAAAGGGAAAGAAGGCUGCUUGAAACUGCUGCUACAAGCCACGGAGAAAUGGGCACAACAACACCAGGAGAACCUGCAGGCACACCAGAGGGUGAGGACCAUGCCGCUGAGGCAGCACCUGGCUCAGGUCCUUUUCAAUACUCUUCUCAGUCGGAUUCAACAACUGGGAUCAGCGCCAGCGGGCUCCGAAGUCUUGGUGGCUGCCCAGCACAAUCAAGUGCUGCUACAGGACCUCACGUGCCCAUAUCUGGAAUGGGACCAUGGGCACAAGGCAUUGGUGCCCAGCAAUCGACGGCCACUCACCCUGACCCGUCUGCAACAGAUCUGCACAGACAUGCUGGAGGCCCUGACGGAGAUGCAAACGGUAGUGAAGUUUCACGCACUACCAGCCGGGCAGAAGCAGGACGUAUCACCAUGGAAAUUGCAGGUGAGUAUGAGGAUGGACAGCCCGUGGCAAUUGCUGACGGAGCUGAGCCACUCAGCCAUUUGGAUGCUCAUGGGGACAUCACUUCGACCCCACAGCCUCCAACAAAGCCCAUUGGCAGUGAACCUGCAGAAGACCUUGCAGCUUCAGUCGCCCACCAAGGGCAAGGGCAAAGGCAAGAAGAAGGGAGCAGUGGACUCAGCUGAAUUCGUUGCAGCAUGGUUGGUGCAGAUGGGCUCUGUAUGCCUUGUACCUGUCUUCUCAGACAGUGCUCUGACAUGUGAGAUGAUUGAGUACCAAGUGGUGGCGCUCACGGCGCAUUUGGGAGAGGACAAUGCAGGCCACUUCCGCGCUGCCCUGAGACUAGCACCAGCAAUUGCCAACCAAGUCACACCAGCGGAAUGGCUUCUCACUGAUGAUUGGGUAGCUCCCAAGCCUUUGUGGGAUGUUCCAAACUGGAUGAAACGCACAGCCACUGUGUACUGGCUGACUCGUGCUGAUCAUGUGAAGCUCUGGAAUUAUCGGAACCUGGAUAUGACACCAGAUGCAGCGGCAGUCAACGCAGCGAUCCUUGCCAUGCUACCGACGCGCCCGGCAGAAUUUCUGGACAUUGGGAGGGCCACGCGCUCUCAGGGAUCAAUUGGAAAGGCAGGGUUUCUUGAAGGUGAGGAGGGUUGGGCGAGAGGUACCACAUGCGUGCUCCGACGCGCGCAAAGUGUAGAGCCGUUGUGCAAGGGAUAUCAAAGUGACCACUUCGCUACAACGAGAGACGAGUCAGUGCAGAUGGGAACAGAAGGAAAAGCUGGAAUUCCACGCUUCAAUGGUGAGCCAACGCUUGUUGAGGGCCUCAGUGGCACUGCCUUACGUGUGGCUCAGACUAUGGACUUCAGUGAACUUAGCAAGCCUGAAGCUGGAGUGGAAAAGCUUCUGGCAGCCUUUGAGAAGGAACUGAAGCCUCGCCGUGCACAGCAAGCGAGAGAACUCUAUGCUGCUGGCUCGGCACCUCAUGGCAUUUUGUCCAGGCAGAAUGGAGAGACGAUGGCCUCCUACAUUCUCCGGCGACGCACUUGGUAUCGCUGCCUGGUGGACACGUCGGAUGACAUGAAGCUGCCUGACAUUGUGCUGGCGGGGCAACUGCUGUCUUCAGCCAACAUAUCGGCUGACCAUCAACUACUUGUGAGAACGGCUUUGCAGGGGAACAUCACCUUCGACCGUGUGGCUGAUGAACUGGUGUCUCAACACUCCAGGCUGCAUGAGCGUGAGAAGUCGCGCAACUUUGUCCACAAGAAGCCCUUCUAUGGAUACCAACAGAACCGCAAAGGAUCUGGCAAGUGGCAUGGUGCUUUCUAUGCCGAUGAGACAGCACAGCACGACAAGGCCUACUCCGAGGACUUUUCUGAGGAGACCUAUGAGCCUGAAGAGCCCUAUGUGUCUGACGAGAUCGACCCCAUCGAGGAGCACAUCGGAUUCAUGGUGAAUGACGGAGUGGAUUUUGAUGAUCCUGAAAGCGCUGAAGCAGCUGCUGAGGUGCUUCAAGCUGAGCAAGAAGCCUAUUUCGUGAAGAAGGGUGCUGCGCAGAAGGGCAAGGGAUCUGGCCCCAAGCACUUUGCAGUUUCUGGAAGCCUUAGCUUGGAAGAGCGCAAAGCCAAGAUCGCCUCCUUGAAGUCGCGAACUACAUGCAGAAAAUGUGGAGCUGUCGGACACUGGAGUGGUGACAGCCAAUGCCCUGGCUCCAAGGGAGGUGCACGAAAAGGGAAGUAUCGACCUGGUUCAACAAGCGGCUCUUCACAGAUGAGCACUACGGCAUCAAAGGGAUCACCAGCAAAGUCACGCACGGUGUACUUUGCUGUCCACGAGCCCUCAUCUGCUGGUGGAUCACAUGGCUACAUGGCGCUACGUGGUGAAGGUUUUCAUGCAGUACCUCCACCUUCCUCUCUGACAGGACAACAUGAACAUGCACAACAUGGCCCUCCUCAUGGACAUGCUCUUCAUGGAACUCAACAUGAACAUGCUCUACAUGGACCUCCUCAUGAACUUGCUCUACAUGCUCUUCCUCAUGAACAUGUUCCACAAGAUGCUUUGGUACCAGCUCAUGAGUCCCUGGUGCCAGCUGAGACACGACCUCACUGGGUCGACCUAUCUCAUGGAGAAGUUGGACAUGGAGAAAUGCGUGGCCGAGUACAUGAGAUGCCGUUUCUGUUUCCACAGAGGCCACUGACCAACGACGAGAAGGAAGAGAUGAUGCCGCAACAAGCUCUUGGACGUUUGGCACAGCCAAGCCUUCCCAUGGAUGUUGAUGGCCUUGGCAUGAUCGAAAAUCAACGUGGAGCUCUACCUGCUGGAGUUCCACCACUUCCUGUACGAGCUCUACCGGCUGAACAUGCAAUGCGUCCUGAGCAGGCGUCUUCCUCUACGCCUCGACAAGUUCCUGCCGCUGGACCUGAUGAACGACCAGAAGAAGGCACUCGACGUGUGCUGCGGGAACGUGCGGUCUUGCAUGUUGGCGCUGGGAAGUACAAGAACAACCCAUGCUACCAGGCCUACGAGGACUGCAACUACCGCAAGUGGGUGCUGGAGAUCAUCGACGACAAGUCUUCGAGGGACAUGCGAUCCAGUUACAACCUCUUUGUGGAGAUUGGCGAGUACGAGGGCAACCACGGCAAGCUCUUCACUGCUGGCGAGCGCUCCAUGUACCAUGCUGCAACUCCUUCGUCUACGACCUCUACAAGGACUGGCUACAUGGCUGUCUCUGAGCACGUUUCUGAUGGCUCCGAGGGCGACCUCAUUGCUGUGCUGGACACUGGUUGCAACACAACUUGUCAUGGUGCAUACUGGCUGAAGCGCUACUUGAAGGCGACCAACCAAGCAGAACCUCAACUUCUACCUGAUGGCGCUGGUGGUUUUCGUGGCAUUGGUGGCAUCACAGCCACUGCUGGCUCACGAGUUCUGGAUCUAUGCUUGGAGCUCAGCGUCGACUUGGACCUGUGCUGGACCUCAACCGUGCCAUGGCUCACAGCGAGGCACUUGGUGGAGAUUUGCAACUGGUAUCCCACAAUGGACUUUAUGGACUUCGACUCCUCCCUGGUGGGUUUGCUGGACUUGGACUUCGCAAAGCAUCAGCAGACCGUCCUUUGGAUUUUCAGGACGAGGCGGCAGAUGAUCACCCCACAGGAAAACAUUUUGGGAUACCUUCCCUAUGAUGAACUCAAGGUGCAUGCCAUGUCCAAAGGGCAAGCCAGCAAGAUCAAAGCCAACAUUGAUGCAGUCACCAAGAAGGACAAGCUGAUGUGGAAUCAAGUUUGUCCCAAGUACUUGCGAAGGUGGCCUUGCCUUCCACAUGGCUGCAAGACCUUCCUCAUGGAGAUCUUCGCUGGAUUUUGUGCCCCCUGGUCUCCAUGGCAAAACAUGAACAUGACGCGGUCGGAUGACACCCGGCUCAAGAUCUUGGAAGACCGCAAGAAAUGGAUCCCUGUCAUCAAGCGGAUGUGUGGUCAUGCAAGAUCACGACUUCAACGAGGGCGGCAAGUUUUCAUUGAGAAUCCAGCUCCUUCAGAGGAGCACUACGACCAGAUCACUGGAGAAGCGCUUGAGAAGAUCAAUGUUGCUGUGGAGGAAGACAUUCUUGUGAAUGACGACGCUCCAACGCCCUUCCCCACUCUUGACCUCAUCGAGACUUCUGAAGAUGUGGCCAUUGGACUUCUGCCACGAGAAGAAUUGCCAGAGCAGCUUGAGAUUCCAAAUCCUCAAGCUGAGGUUGCGCACUAUGACUGGGCAUUCUUCUGUGUCCUCCAUGCAACGAAUUCUACGAACGUCAGCAAAAAGCCUGCUCCGCGACCAGCAACAAGACCACCAAGCGACUACCGCUUCAAUGUGGAGAUUGCGGUGGACUGCUUUGAGAUCAGAGAUGUUGAGGGCAAUCGCUUCACCAUCCUUUCCAUCGUUGACAUGGGGACCCUUUACCAUGUCGCUGAGAUUGUCUCUGACAAGGGUGGAGCUCCCUCAUCAAGAGCAUGCGCCGAUGCCUUUCGGCGAGUCUGGCUGAACUGGGCUGGCCCUCCAAAGUCAAUCAUAGUUGACCGUGGAUUGCACAACCGUGGUCGCUUCUCUGAGCUGUUGACCUACCACGGCGUGCAGAUGCGUUUCAUUGGCGUUGAAGCUCAUCACCAACUUGGGCGAGGCUGUCUUUAUCAAGAACAACCGCAUUCACCAUGGCGGCUUCACACCGAGCCAAUGGACUUUAGGCAAGCUCCACUGGAAGUUGACUCCCUGACCUCAGAGGACUCACAACGUCUCCUGGGCACACAUCAAGAAGUGCUUGAUGGUGAGACUGCCUUUGCCAGGCAGAUGCAACUUCGACAAGCUGCAAAAGAAGCCUUUUCCUUUGUUGAUGCCUCACAGAGAUUGCGGGCUUCUAUGUUGCGGAAGACCACACCAACACGUGGUCCCUUCUUGGCUGGUAAUUUGGUUUGUUUUUACCGAAAAGGACGUUCAAGCCAUGGACGUUGGUAUGGGCCUGCCCGAGUUUUGGGACAAGAAGGCCGCUCAACACUUUGGAUCAUUCAUGGUGGUGUGCCGAUGACAGUUGGCAUUGAAUCUCUCAGACAUGCCACUGGGAAUGAAGUCUUAGCCAAGCAUGCACUGGAAUUGCGCCCAUCGCGCAAACGUCGGCGUGAAGUCCUUGACCCUGACGAGGACGAGAUGGACUAUCCCCUCGCCGAUGACUUGAUUGGCGCUCCUGGGAUCGACAAUGCUGAAGAUAUCGAACAGAUUCCCCUCUUUGACUUGGGAACCCAUGAAUUGGACAACGACCAUGAUGCCAUGGACGACAUCCCUGUGCCACCUGGCUUGACGCUUGGAUCAGACCAGGCGACUGAGAUUUUCAGUUCCACUGAUGAGCCGGAGUUGGGAGCUGUCCCACGGACACGUGUGGACACACCACUGGGAAACCCAGCAUCUACACCUUUGAAUCAAGCUUUGCAUCGCUCACUUGAUGCAGUGGAUGGCAUUCCUCUACGAGCACAACGACGUGAACGAUCACGAUCACCGCCACCUCGUGAUCCCAGAUAUGAGCCGGCUGCUCCAUCUGAUGGACCAGAAGCACGAGCCUUUGUGGGUUUUCUGGCACGCAGCACGACCAAGAAGUCAGAAACUGCCCGUGCCAAAGAGCUCAACUACAACAAAUCAGAUGAUGCACGACAAGCCAAGAUGUUGGAAGCCAGAAGCCGCGAAUGGGCAAACUGGAACAACUUCAACAAGGCCGUGACGGUUUUGUCACCCACUGAAGCUGCCAAGUACCUCAUGACCCAUCCUGAUGCUGAAGUCAUCCCUACGCGUUGGGUCGACACCUUGAAGUCCCAACCUUGGGAGCCUGACCGCCACAAGGCACGACUUGUGGUGAGAGGAGAUUUGGAAGCUGAGGGAAAUGCAAGGACUGACAGUCCUACAUGCAGUCAACCUAUGUUCUCCCUGGUGCUGAGCGUUUCUGCUUCGAAACGAUGGCGUUUGAGGGGAGGCGACAUCACAGCUGCCUUCCUCCGGGGUGAGAAAAUCACAAGGACUCUUGUCCUAUCAUUUCCAAAAGAUGGCAUUGAAGGUGUUCAACCGCAACAGCAAUGCACAAGCCGAAAACCCAAAGAGCCGAACAACCGCUGA